AUGGCUUCCGCUCCUAACCUUCUUCGAGGCAACGCUUUACCACAGCUCAUUAAUGCCCUUCGAAGAUUACAAGACGACCCAGAACUCCUUGCUCGAGAGCGAGAGCAGUACCGCGACUCUCCACCACCAUACCCGUCAGGCGAGACAACACAGCCUCCUAGCCUUCCUCGUUCUCCCUCUGAAUCUCAACUAGAAUGGCAGCGGGAAGAAGAACGUAAAAGUUCAGUCCCUGGUAGGCAGUUCAAGUACCAGACUCUGAGGGAGUAUCACCUGCUCAUUGAACAGAUUAGAAGGAGGCGGGAAAGACGGAAAUACACGCUGCCUUACGACGACAAGCUCGACCUCAUUGGGAAUGCGGAGAACAAUGUCAAAAAUCGCUGGAUAGAGCAAGGGAUAUGGAAUGAUAAAUGGAGCUUAUACUCUGUUGGGCCACGUUGGAAACACGAAGAGCCUCUUGAACCACCACCAGCGCCGGACCCCAAACCACAGCCACGCUCAUCAUCCCACCCAAGAUUUACAUUCGGGCUAUUCGGACUAGAACUCCCGGAGUGCCCGAAACCACAGGAACCACCAAUAGCUUAUACCGAGGAACAGCUGGCGUCCAAGGAGCGUGAAAGGGCAGCCUCUCGUCCCUACCAUCAGUUUCUUUUCCAGAUGUCCAAAGAACGCGAAUGGAUUGAAGAUGAAUUGUACAUCGACAUUUUUGACAUGGACGCCAAGGUCUAUGAAAACGUCAAGAAUCGCUGGAUCGAACAAAAGAUCUGGAACCCUAGGUGGGGUGAUAUGCCCGGAAUGACCUGGAUCCACGAAGAGCCUGACAACCAUGAAUCUGAUAUUUCGAACCACCCCGUCGCAGUUCCAGAAGAGGGAUUUCGAGCUAACGCUGCCGAAAUUGACGCACAAUCUCGCCACUCUACCGGCCGUCGUAUUUAUUUUGGUUUGGCAUCCUCCGAGGCAAACCACGAUCAACGUGGCCGGAGUAGAUCCCCAUCGGUACCACGAAUGGUAGUAGACUCCAAUGGAGCAGGCCUUGGGUCCACCACUACAAAGAAAACCAAACGAUCAAGCCGCGCAGCGGUUAAUAUGGAGGGUACACCGGUGCCUCGUGAGUCAGCCAACCGGACUCUUCGGGCAGAUAGCUCAUCAAAAGUCAGAAAACACCCCAAACGGAAUCCUCCAAGGCGUCACCUGCAAAAACGCAUUCAGGAUAUGGCUGGGUCCGCAGACGCACGUCGACGUGCACUGGGUAAUCUUAGAGGAACUGAGCAACAGGAACAACAGGCUGACGAUGCGAAUUCAUCUCCCACUGCCUCACAGUUGCCACAACGGAACCUCAGAUUGGAUACUGGAGAAUCCCCACCAGUAGUGCGUCGAAGCUCCAGGAUCGAGGCACGGAGUGGAACAAGUAAAAGUACAAUGUAUGACACAGCUCCAGCUCCAACUCCUGCUAGAAGACGUCGCCGCCGUAGCCAGCAGGUGAAUCCUGAAAUAUCCGCAAAUCCACGCCAACGACGAGGAGUCUUGAAGAAUCGCCCCAGAAGACAAGAGACCACGAGCUCUCUGAACGCCCAGCCAGAACCACGCCGGAAAGGCAGGUUGAGGGUAAAGGCAGGCCUCGUUGGCUGA